CGCUUUGGUCCGUUUGACGUCUCGGUUCAACGCUCCAUUCAUUGCGCCUUCAGCUGCCGGUGGCCGUAUGUCUGAAGCUCUUGAUCCCGGCAUGUCAGGCUCAACUUCCCCGCCUCGCUCGGCAGAGACUGCGGCGGCCGAGGGCUGCUUCCCCCCCGGGUACAAGCCCUUCAAGCCCGAGGAGCACGGCCUCGAACGCGGCUUCCGUCUCACGGCGUUCUCGGACCUGAAAGGAUGAGGCUGCAAGGUCCCGCAGGAGACUCUGCUCAAGCUCCUGGCGGGACUGGAGGCGGACCGGGCCGAGGGGGCCGGCAAGGCCGAAGACCAGGCUCCAGAGCUCGGCCAACAGCUGCCUCGCCUCGGUGUGGGGAUGGACUGCUGUGUGAUCCCUCUGAGGCACGGAGGACUCUCUCUGGUCCAGACCACGGACUUCUUCUACCCCCUGGUGGACGACCCCUACAUGAUGGGCCGGAUAGCGUGCGCCAACGUCCUCAGUGACCUCUACGCCAUGGGCAUCACGGAGUGUGACAACAUGCUGAUGCUGCUGAGCGUCAGCCAGAAGAUGAACGACAAGGACCGUGAGCGCGUGAUGCCGCUCAUCAUUCAAGGCUUCCGGGACGCUGCGGAGGAGGGCGGGACUUCAGUGACGGGCGGCCAGACCGUCAUCAACCCCUGGAUCAUCGUGGGAGGAGUCGCGUCUGUUGUGUGCCAGCCUAACGAGGUCAUCAUGCCCGAUGGCGCUGUCCCCGGAGACGUCCUGGUUCUGACCAAACCUCUGGGCACGCAGGUGGCUGUGAACGCUCACCAGUGGUUGGACCAGACGGAACGCUGGAACAAGAUCAAGCUGGUGGUCACCAAGGAGGAAGUCCGAGAGGCCUACCAGGAAGCCAUGUUCUCCAUGGCAACACUCAACCGCACAGCGGCCGGCCUGAUGCAUAAGUUCCAGGCCCACGCCGCUACGGACGUGACGGGCUUCGGGCUGCUGGGCCACGCCCACAACCUGGCGGCGGCGCAGCGCAGCGAGGUCGCCUUCGUGAUCCACAACCUGCCCGUCAUCGCCAAGAUGGCCGCCAUCAGCAAGGCCUGUGGGAACAUGUUCAACCUCAUCCAGGGCACGUCGGCCGAGACGUCGGGUGGGCUGCUGGUCUGCCUCCCCAGGGAACAGGCCGCCAAGUUCUGCUCCGAGAUGAAGAGCCAGGGCUCAGCAGGGGGUCAGGGCGCCGCCGGAGGAGCCUGGAUCAUCGGCAUCGUGGAGAAAGGCGACCGCCGCGCGCGAAUCAUCGAGAAGCCACGCAUCAUCGAGGUGCCGCCAAGAGGGAGCCCGGCAGCCAAUCAGGACAACUCUGCUAGCCCCGCCCCCAGCCUGUCAUAGGUGUGUGUGUGUGUGUGUGUGUGUGUGUGUGUGUGUGUGUGUGUGUGUGUGUGUGUGUGUGUGUGUGUGUGUGUGUGUGUGUGUGUGUGUGUG